AUGGAAAUCACAUUGGCUGAAGCUCCUGUGUCCAGCUUAAAGCAAACCGUGGCCAUGUUUGGGCCCACCAGAAACAUCAAUUUGACACGUAGUUUGAACUUGCACCACGCCUCCGGCAAGUUUCCGGCGUCCCAGUUCAUAAUUGGAGAAGGGGUUCCUGCAGGUGUUCAGGAGUUGGUACUCAUUAAAGAAGAAGCUCCUGAAGAGCAGAGGCCUGAUGUGGACCAGCAGGACCAAGAACACCUCCAUAUAAAAGAGGAAAAUGAAGAACAAUGGACCAGUCUGGAAGCAGAGCAGCUCAGUGUGAAGGAGGAGACUGAUGCCACCAGCUUUUCAUUCACUGCAGUUCCUGUGAAGCCUGAGGAUGAUGAAGAUAAACCUUUGUUCUUACAGCUUCAUCAACACCAAGUUGAAGUCAGAGAGCUUCCAACCAGCAGCUCAGCUGACAACCUGGAAUCAACAACUGGUGGAGAGUCCUGUGGAGGAGCAGAAACUACAGGAAACCAAAAUCUGAGUUCUUAUGAAGAUGAUUCUUCACACACUGAAAUCAUUAGGGCUGAUGAAAGUGAUUCUAACUCUUCAGAAAUGGAAGUCAGUGAGGAUGAUGAAGAACAUGAUGAUGUGAACAACCUUGACUCUCAGCUGAAACAUUUAGCAGACUCUGGGUCAAAAACCGAAGACCUUGAUAGAGACUGUGAGUCUCCUCCCAGCAGGGUUCCUGAAUCAGGUGUAAAAAACAACAAAAAUGGACGGAAGCUAAUUUAUUGUGAAAUUUGUGGGAGAGAGUUUAUCACGAAGUGUAAUUUGAGCAGACACAUGAGAAUCCACUCAGGACAAAAACCAUUUAGUUGUGAGCUGUGUGAUCGAAGGUUUAGCCAAAAGGCACAUUUAAAUGCACACAUUAGAAUCCACACAGGACAGAAACCAUUUUGUUGUGUUAUGUGUGAUCGGAAGUUUAGCCGAAAAGGAACGUUAAAAAGACACAUGAGGAUCCACGCAGGACAGAAGCCAUUUUGUUGUGAGAAUUGUGAUCAAAGGUUUAGCAAAAAGGGGCAUUUAAACAAACACAUGAGAAUCCACACAGGACCGGAAUCAUUUAGUUGUGCGUUGUGUAAUCAAAAGUUUACUGCAAAGAGCAGUUUAAACAGACACAUGAGAAUCCACACAGGACAGUGAGCUGUGUGAUCAAAAGUUUAUUGAAAAGUCACAUUUGACCAAACAUAAGAGAAUCCACACAGAAAAAAAUCAGGAAAGCCCAGAUGAUGAUGCCAUGGCUGUGGAAACUUUGAGAGGUUAGUUCACAGCAUUGGAGUAAUUACAGACACACGUAAAAGCUCAUCUCAAAAACAGGUUCUUUGUGUGACACUUCAAGAAACAAAAAUU